AUGCGAGACGCCGCUUGCGCCUACAUCUGCUGGCGACGUGGCGGGGGGCGAGGAGCGGCGUGCCUGCGCCGUCCGCUUGCCGCCUUCAGUCACGAACAAAAGAUAACGCAAGACGCACGUCGCUUCGUAUACAGGAUGCGUGACGAUAUUGAGUUUAAUAUUGAGUUUUGCGAGUUAAUUGAGCAAUACCCGAAUAUCUAUGACUACACUAAGACAGGGUACAGUAACAGAAAUGUGCAAGACAAAAUAUGGCAAGAAAUAGCAAUAAAAGUCGGUGCAACAGGUAUGUAUUUUAUUUAA